CUGUUUUGACAGUGAAGGGUUUUAGGAGUAAAUCGAACCCUAAAAAUCUGCAGAAAUGACACAAAAGUCCAAUCUCUUUAAAGGGCAGAAGAAGCAGAAGUCCAUCCCUCCCAGUCGUCAUGGCAAACCCCCUCAAGCUCGCAAAGGCAAGAGAAAUAUGAAACCAACGAAAGUCACCAAGGACAUGAAUGCUGACCGUGAGCUUACCAAGUUCAUAAACCACUGUAAUGAGGUGAAAGCUGCCACUGCUGCUAAUAAAGAAGGUGGGCAGCUUAGCAUUGUAAAACCACCGCCAGAGUCCACAAGUGGUGCAUAGAAAUAGUAAAUUCUGGGAUUACAGAUGGGGAUUGUUAUAGAUGAUGAGCUUUUGUCCAUCAAGGGUUGUAUAUUAUCCACUGAUUGGUGAGUUAGGAUUUUUUGUGUUCUUAACUUCUGCAAA